AUGACAAGAGCAAAAGAAACUUCAAACAUAGAUCUCAUACGCCACCAUCUCUUAGACAACACCACCUUCUUCACUUUCCUUGAAGACUAUGACUUGAUAUCAGACAUGGAGUUCUUCACUCACACUUCAUCUCCAAAUGAAACAACAAGCCCUUCAAAGGAAACCAAGAAAUCUAAUUCAUCACCUGAAAUACUACCACUACCACUACCACUACCAAUACCAAGUACUAUUGUGUCAUCAAAGAAGAUGAAGAAAGAAGAAGAGUGUGUUGAUGAGACAAGGAAGUAUAGAGGAGUAAGGAGAAGGCCAUGGGGGAAAUUUGCAGCUGAGAUACGUGAUCCGUCAAGGAAAGGAAGUAGGGUUUGGUUAGGUACAUUUGAUUCUGAAAUUGAUGCUGCAAAAGCUUAUGAUUCUGCUGCUUUCAGAAUGAGGGGUCGAAAAGCUAUAUUGAACUUUCCUUUGGAGGCUGGAUUGUGUGAUCCUAAGCCAAAUAGUUGUGGCAGGAAAAGGAGAAGAGAAACUAAAAGUGAAGCUUCAACAAGUCCUAGUUCAAGUUCAUGA